AUGGGAGAAACCAGAUUCAAUAAAGAGACGCAGGCGGCGCCUGCAGAGUCGCAACAAUCCGGUCCACCACCUCCUCCUAACGGUGGCCUCCUUGCUUGGCUUCAUGUGGUCGCCGGUUUCAUGUUGUUCUUCAAUACGUGGGGUAUUCUGAACGCCUUCGGCGUUUUCCAGACUUACUAUGAAUCCGGUGCAAUGUUCCAACGAUCAUCAUCGGAUAUCUCAUGGAUUGGCUCGAUUCAAUCUUUUAUGGUCUUGGUCGGCGGCGUGUUCGCCGGUCCAAUCUACGACAGAGGCUACCUACGACAUCUUUUAAUCGUCGGCAGCUUUGGUAUUGUGUUUGGUCAUAUGAUGCUAAGUCUGUGUAAGGAAUAUUGGCAAGUUGUACUCGCCCAAGGCCUCUGUGUUGGGUUGGGAGCAGGUAUGCUCUUCGUACCAUGCGUAUCGAUCAUCCCUACCUACUUCACUAGUAAGCUUGGCCUUGCUUUGGGCCUAGCAUCGUCAGGGUCCUCCGUCGGUGGUAUCAUAUAUCCCAUCGUCUUGUAUCAGCUCAUCAACAAGAUUGGAUAUGCCUGGUCGGUCCGUGUUAUGGGCUUCAUUGCUUUGGGAACUUUGCUCAUCCCCAUUUGCAUCAUGAAGAUGCGAUUCAAGUCCCCGAAGCCGAGAUCUAUAAUCGACUGGACUGCUUUCCGCGACAUCCCCUAUAUGGCCUUCACUAUCACCACUUUCGUCGGUUUCAUGGGUCUCAGUAUCCUCAUCUUCUACAUCUCGUUCUACCCUCAGGAACGAGGUCUUACUGACGAAGCCCUCUCCUUCUACAUGGUGCCCAUCUUCAACGCUGCAUCCUGCUUCGGCCGAGUCGUUCCCAACGCCGUUUCGGAUAAGAUCGGCCCAUUUAACGUCGUUGCGCCAUGCUCGUUCAUCACUGGCAUCCUCAUGCUUUGCUUCAUGGCCGCGAACACCAGAGGCGCAGUGAUUACUAUCGCGGUUCUUGCAGGCUUCUUUAGUGGCGUUUUCAUUGCCAUGCCACCUGUUUGCUUCUUCCCUCUGACUAAAGAUAAGUCCAAGCUGGGAACGAGAAUAGGUAUGGGCUUCGGUAUCAUUGCUUUGGGUCUUCUGGUGGGUGGUCCUGUAGCAGGAGCCAUCCUUGGCGAGACAAAGCCCUUAGACUGGGAGGGCCUAUGGGGAUUUGGUGGCGCCGCAGCAGCUCUGUCAGGUAUAAUGUACGCGGCGCUAAGAGUUUACCGAUCCGGUUGGGCAAUCAACAUCAAGGCCUGA